UAAACAUACAACGUAAAACUGUCGACCACAGAUAAUAAUCUCCUCUGAUAAAUUAUUCUCAAACAAUAUCCUUUCUUUCUAGGGGUGUAAACAGAAAAGGUAUCUUCUAUAUUAAUUAACAAACAAUCAAUAACCUUGGAAGAAAGGGAAACAUACAAAGUCAAGCUAGAUUCUACUUAGCUCUCACAAUCGUAGCCAAAAUCAGAAGGGAUUUUGCAGUACUUGAGCUAGUUUUAGAACUAAGCAUUAGCUGCAAAACUCUUCCCCAUAGUUCAUUAGUGUGAAGGAAGCAAAGAGCCAUGGGAAGAGCUCCAUGUUGUGAGAAAGGGAAGGUGAAGAAAGGGCCUUGGUCUCCUGAUGAGGAUACCAUUCUUAAAAGAUAUGUGGAAACUCAUGGCGUUGCUGGUACUUGGAUUGCUCUGCCCACUAAAGCUGGGCUAAAGAGAUGUGGCAAGAGUUGCAGGUUAAGGUGGCUAAACUAUCUUAGACCCAAUAUUAAGCAUGGUGAAUUUACAGAGGAGGAAGACAAUGUCAUCUUUAAUCUCUAUAAUCAAUAUGGAAGCAGAUGGUCUACCAUAGCCUCUCAACUGCCUGGUAGAACAGACAACGAUGUGAAAAACCAUUGGAAUACUAAACUGAAGAAGAAGAAGCUAUUCCUUGCAGGCCAAACCAAGCUCCAAACCCAUACUCAUCUUCACUCAAAAUCCUCACUGCUACAUGUUCUAGAAACAGACUUCACUGAAAUUAUUAAUCACCCACCAAUCUCAUUUGCUGGUUUAGACGACUCGGUCGAUCAGUUCGAGAUUCCUCCCGUUAUCGGUUCAAGCUUAUUCGAACCUGGCGUCACUGUUGAUGGUAGAGAUAAAUGGGGUUUAAUGGAACACGGGGGCUAUGACUUCCCACCAGACAUGAUCUUCAGCAUGUUGUUUUAAGAAGAAAAAUGGUGAAUUGGAAAGAUGUUAUUUGCUAGACUAUUGAUAAUAUAUAAUACAACAUGAAGUUGGUACGUAACAACUAUUGGAUGUGAAUUCUAAAAUUUAUAUGCUUUCUUAAUAAACAAAUUCGAUGUACUUUUACACUUUUUCUCUCCUACAU